AUGGCGCAGACAUAUCCCAUCAGCUCUCGUAGCGAGUGCGAGCAGCUAGUUCGAGAUUGGGGUUUUGGUCAUGUCUUUACCUGGUCAGAUGGAAGGGAUUCUCAUUACCCGCCUCACUCUCACGCGGGCUUAACUACCCACCUCAUACUUCGCGGUACCAUGACCAUCACCUACCCCGAAGAUAAUGCCAAACUGCACAACGGGGAGGUGAAGAAGGAGACGUUUGGCACAGGAGCCAGGGUUGAUGUCCCAGCUGGAAAAUUACACGAAGUUUGGAUUGGACCCGAGGGAUGUGAGUAUGUGAUUGGGGAGUAG